UUUUCAUACAUUCCUACUUCUCGAUUUGAAUAAAAAGCGAUGAAGCUAACCGAAAAUGUUAUGUGCAAUUUCAAGGCUGCUAAAGUCUUUAAGGAAAAUACUGAUAAAAUUAAUUGUUUAAAUUUUUCUAAUAAUGGAGAAAUAUUAAUAUCGAGUAGUGACGAUGAUUCAAUUAUCAUAUAUGACUGUCAGAAUGGCCUAAUUAAAAGAACUUUGCACAGUAAAAAAUAUGGUGUCGAUUUAAUUACAUGUACUCAUCACCCAAAUGCUGCUCUUCAUGGAUCAACAAAAAUUGAUGAUACAAUCAGAUAUUUAUCUUUGCACGAUAAUAAAUACAUCAGAUACUUUACUGGACAUACUAAAAAAGUUGUAUGUUUAUCAAUGUCGCCAAUUGAUGACACAUUCCUCUCUGGUUCUUUAGAUAAAACAAUAAGACUUUGGGACCUAAGAUCACCAUCUUGUCAGGGUUUAAUGCAUUUGCCUGGAAGACCAAUAGCAGCAUUUGAUCCUGAAGGUCUCAUUUUUGCAGCUGGAAUGAAUUCAGAAUCUAUCAAAUUAUAUGAUUUGCGUUCAUUUGAUAAAGGCCCAUUUAAUACAUUUUGCCUGGCUCAAGAAAAAGAAUGUGAUUGGACUGGAUUAAAAUUUAGCCCAGAUGGCAAAUUUAUAUGUAUUUCUACAAAUGGCCAAGUUAUAAGGCUUUUGGAUGCCUUUCAAGGCACACCAUUACAAAAUUUUACGGGUCAUACCAAUAACAAAGGAAUUCCAUUAGAAGCCUCAUUCAGCCCUGAUGCUCAAUUUUUAUUAUCAGGCUCGACUGAUGGUAAGAUUCAUGUUUGGAAGACGGAAAACGGGGCUAAGUUGGCCACUUUGACAGGUGAUCAUGCUGGGACAGUGCAAUGCGUCCAAUUUAAUCCCAAAUACAUGAUGUUGGCUAGUGCUUGCACCUCAAUGAAUUUAUGGCUCCCAAACGUGGAAGAAUGAUUACUAACGAAACGAAAUCUCACAUUAAUUGGACUAGAAGAGAACGACGAAUAGAAAAUAGGAUACAUUAAAUAAUAUAUUAUACAUUUUAUUAUAUCGGAUAUAAUAUUAAUAUAAAAAUAUAUUAUAUAAAAAAAACUUAUAUAUCUUAAAGUUCUAUAACCAUGCUUAAUUUGGAAUUUAUUUUUUUUUGUAAAUUGGAUAUUUUGUUAUUUAUACUUAUUUUUAUAAUAGUUUAUUAAAAAUAAAUAUUUAACAGCAAA